UAUGGAUAACGGACGAAAGCUGAAUGAAUUCUUAAAGGAAGUUGAGUUCAACGCGCGUUCGGAACACUUUUCCGAGGAUGAACUGUUUCUGAGUGCUCACCACCUGUUCACUCAUAAGGCACGUGCGUGGUUUAUGGAGGUGAAUGGAAACAACGAAUUGGGUUCUUGGAGGAAAUUAGUAGAGGAGUUGAAAGCAGAGUUCUUACCUGUCGACAUGGAUUAUGUUUACGAGCGUCAAGCCAGCAACCGUAAACAAGGUGCUAGAGAGAAGUUCCAGGACUUUUACUUGGACAUGGUCCGGAUCUUCAGGAAUAUGUCGAGUCCUUGGGAUGAUAAGCGGAAGUUCGAGGUGCUUUUCCGAAACACGCGUGAGGAGUGCCAAAUCGCCAUGCUUGCCGCUAACAUCUCCGACAUUCCUAAAAUGAAAGAGUUUUGUAAGAAGUUUGACGCUAUAAACGGGAACAUGUUUCGACAGAGGAAGGAGAGGUUUUCCUCAAAUUCAGUGAGGAUUGACGAGAUUAAAGAACAACAACAACAUUUCCACAACAGUAAAAACAACAGACAGUUUUUCCAGCAGAAGCAGAACAAUUCUGGUGGAAUCCGACACCAGAACCGGAACCAGGACAAACCGAAACAAGAGACACAGAAGCGUGAGCAGAACGAAAGCUCACAAGAAAGCAGAGAGCAUCAGAAUCGUGAGGAACCAAGGAGGGAGUACAGACCGGAACAGGAAACUAAACAAACACAACGGAGUUCAGCAUCGGUGUUAAGCGGAAUCAAAGCCUUGCAGCGGAUUGUGAAUGCUUACAUUCCUGUGAAGCGGGGUGUUUGCUAUAAUUGCCACGAGCCAGGCCAUGGUUUUGCUGAUUGUCCGAUGGAGCUGAAUCUCUUUUGCGAGCGUUGCAGUUUUCCAGGUUUCGAAACCGGAAGUUGUCCGUUUUGUGAGUCAAAACCAAAACGGGACUGCUCAGUAAGACGAAGCAGGCGGAAACAGAUUCCACCUGAACCUCACGAUUCCAGCGAGGAGAAUCCAGCAGAAAUUUUAGAUCAGCUCGGCUAUUCACGGGUUAGAAGAGAAGUUGCGGGGGAGUCUGAGAUUGCAUCGAUGCUCAUCACCCUCAGUAACGACUCUAGGCCGUUUGUGAAGGUUGACAUGAUGGGAAUUUCUGUAAUUGGAUUGCUCGACAGCGGAGCACAACGAACAGUUAUCGGAGGGAGAAAACUGAUGAAGGAUUUACAACUUAAACUUAAACCCACAACUACAACCCUGAAGACAGCAGCAGGACAAGAUUUGGAAGUGCUAGGAAGUACAGACAUUCCAAUAACGUUCAACGGAGUUACGAGGAUUCUACCGGUCCUAGUCGCACCGAAGCUGGCACGGAGAUGUAUCUUGGGAUAUGAUUUCUGGCAGCGAUUCGGAAUUAGGCCAAGCACGUACGAGUUCGUCGAUGCGAUCGACGAAACGGAAGAAGUCAACGUAGAAGAGGAAGAACAUUUCAGUGAAGAGCAGUUACAGCAGUUGGAGGAGGUCAAGAAGUUGUUUUUAGUUGCACGUCCAGGAAGUUUUGGCAAAACGGAUCUGAUCGAGCAUAAGAUCGAGAUCAAGGAGGAGUUUCGGGGAGCGGAUCCUGUGAGGAAGAACCCGUAUCCUUGGAGUCCGGAAAUACAAGGGAAAAUUCAUCGAGCUGUGGACGCCAUGCUGGAGAACAACAUUAUUGAACCGUCCGACUCUGACUGGGCUUUAUCGGUGGUACCGGUGAAGAAGAGAGACAGCGAAGACGUCAGGCUGUGCCUAGACGCCCGGAAGCUGAAUGAGCGAACCAAGAGGGAUGCAUAUCCUCUCCCCCAUCAAAACAGGAUUUUAAGCCAUUUAGGUCCAUUUAAAUAUCUGUCAACGAUCGACUUGAGUCAAGCUUUUCUGCAGGUGCCCCUGAAUGAGGAUUCGCAGAUGGACUCAGGCCUAACCCAGAUCGAGUUCAAGCGAUUCUAG